CUUCAAUAUAAUUACUCGGAGGAAGGAACCACAUUCGCCGGUCCAAUCUCCCAAGACCAGAGAGAAUCUCUUUCUCUUUCUCUCCCUCUGAGGGCUAUACAGAGUUACAGACGCAACCUCACGUGCAAAUUUCUGCAGCUCUUUUGGUUCCUUCCCCUUAGAAAUUAAAGCUUUCCACCUUUUCCCCCUUCUUCUUCUUCUUCUUCUUCUUCUUCUUCUUCUUCUUCUUCUCCGCAGGGAAAGGAAAUGGAAGCGAGUUGAUGAUAAAAGGGGCUGCUUUUUUUGGUCAGUACUAACCGGCGGUUCUAGCUUUCUUCUCUCUUACCCUUCUGUUCUUAAUUGGUUCUCUUCUUCUUCUUCGUCACUGUAGCUACUUUGUAAGCUUGCUGCUUGGUGGGUAGUAGUUGUUGUUCAUGUAUACAGUCUUUGUUUGACUACUGUUUCCCUUGUCUCUCUGCCUCCAUCACUGUGACACAAGCAAACCCAUCUCUUAAGUCUUUGUUUGACUACUGUUUCUCUCCUAUGGCGCUGGAAGCUGCGAUCUACUCGCAAGACCCGUUUGGUUACCCACCAUUAUUCAAGGACCACUACUAUGGCUAUGGCAUCCACCAAGAAGAAGAAGAAGAAGACGGCGCCCUCGGAAUAAUCCUCGAGGACAAAAUAAUGUUCAACGAUUCCAUCGCCACAUUUUUCAACCCGCCGCCGCAGGAGGAAGCUCUGGCGGGAUCCACGUCUAUUGCCCCCGCACGGCGGAAGCGGCGGCGGAGCAAGAACGCGAAGAACGAAGAGGAGAUAGAGAGCCAGAGGAUGACUCACAUCGCCGUGGAGCGCAACCGGAGGAAGCAGAUGAACGAAUACCUCGCCUUGCUCCGCUCUCUCAUGCCCUCUUCCUACGUUCAAAGGGGAGACCAAGCUUCGAUAAUUGGAGGAGCGAUUAACUUCGUCAAGGAGCUGGAGCAGCUGCUGCAGGCCAUGGAAGCUCAGAAAGCGUCACAUCAUCAUCAACAACAUGCUCAAAACGACGAAGACGGUCAGGCAGGGUUUACUGAUAACGGCCGUUUGCCGUCGCCGUUAUUUUCUGAGUUCUUCGCCUUCCCGCAGUACUCAACUCGGAACCAGACCGUGCAGGCUCAGUCGCCGUCGCCGGUAGCUUCUGGCGACGGGAUGGCCGGCAGUUUGGGUGGUGGUGUAGCGAGGGAAGAGGCGGCGGUUGGAGAGGUGGAAGUGACGAUGUCGGAGAGUCACGCUAACGUCAAGAUUCUGGCGAGGAAACAGCACCGGCAGCUGGUGAAGCUGGUUGCUGGGCUGCAGGGACUCGGGAUGACGAUUCUUCACCUCAAUGUUACCACGGCCUCAGAUCAAAUGGUUCUCUACUCUGUUAGCUUCAAGGUGGAGGAAGGGUGUUAUUUGAACACGGUGGAUGAGAUCGCAGCUGCCGUCAAUCAAAUGCUACGGCGGAUUGAGGAAGGAAGCUAUACUGGUCGAGCUUGUUAGCUAGCUGCUUUUUUAGGUGGCGGAAUCAAUUAAUUAAGCUGUAACGAACUUUCAAUCCCUUUGGUUUUGGUCGUGGUGAAUCUACUUGGUACUUAUUUCUUAGAAAUAAUAGCUCUAAAAUUAAUUAUGUGGAUAUUGUUCGAUAUUUUAUCACAAGAAUCUCUGAG